GAGUGGCUUCAAAUCUCAAGUGAGCAUGUGUAUGUAAGAUAUAAUCUAAGUAUCGAUCCUUUCUUCCCACAAAAGAUUGUGACCAACUUAAGGAUGUGACCAGCGUAAGGUUGUCGCAGAAAGGAAAUUAAUAUAUUUACUGUUUCGAUAAUUAAUAUAAAAAAUAAUAUUAUAUUUUAUUAUCAUUUAAGAUUCAUGAAAAUAUUAAAAUAAAUGGAAAAAAAUAUUGCUGAAGCAGAAUGUACACAGCGGGAAGUUCGUUCCUUCUUAACGGCUCGUGAUCCAAGCAUUGAUCGACGUUGUAGAGCAAGUCCACAGCAAAAAAUAGCGCUUUUUCAUGAUAUCAAGGAAGAAGAUGACGACUGUGAAAUUGAUUCUUCCUUGGAUGAUACUAGUGAUCUUGCUAGUGCAGACGGAAUUAGUGAAACCGCUAGCUCAAGCGCCAACCCGUCGAAUGAAGUGGGAGCAUCCGUCUAUCUAAGGCUGCGUCCAGUAGAUUGUCCGACUUCAACGUUUGCUAUUUCUAAGGAAGGAAAUGUUUUGAUUUGCUCCCCACCUCAUGAAGCAACAAAUUUAAAUAAGAAUUCGGCGGAGAAGCACUACAGUUUUACAGAUAUACUCGAUUCACACGUUAGUCAAUAUGAAUUGUACGAAAAGUGUAUUGGGCAGAAAAUAAUCGCGGAAGAAAGUUUUACCGUUCUAACGUACGGAAUUUCAGGAUCAGGCAAAACGUUUACAUUACUUGGCGAUGAUCAUCGGCCUGGAAUAAUACCUCGCUCCCUUGAAAAUGUAUUUUUCUUAUAUGAAGGUCAAAUAUAUCCACAUCCUUCCGUUAAACUUAUCAACGGGCACAUAACAAUUUUGGAAGAUAGUGCGACUGGUAAAGAAAAUUUAAUGCGGAAAAAGAUAUUGGCACAAAACUUAGAGCUUUAAAGCCAGCACAAAAGUUUCCAACAGUGUAUACGGAACGAGCAUCGUUUCCCGAAAGGCCCCAUUGACCAUGCUCACGUAUUAAUUUGGGUAACCUUCGUCGAGAUUUACAAUGAACAAGUUCACGAUCUAUUAGAUAGCGAUGCUUCUGAAUAUGGUGUGCAGCCAAAUGCUUCUAGGAAAAAUUUGAAAAUAAUUUGCAAUGACGGCCGCGUGUUUAUUAAGUCUGCAACAUCGGUCUGUGUAAAAAGUAGCUUGGAAGCAUUGAAAUUAUUGCGUUAUGGUCAGAAAAAGUUGACAUAUGCAUCAACUUUAAUAAAUGCGAGCUCCAGUCGAUCCCAUUGCAUCUUUCUGCUGGAUGUAUUAAAAUAUUAUACAGGUAAUGUAAUAUCCAAUUUUACACUUAUGUUUACUUAA